AUGGAUGAGAACGGAUUUGUCAAAGACGCCACCGAAUAUCGGGACGUCCAGAACGCUUUCAAGUUCUUGCAUAUGCCCCCAACGAAGUACCACAACCCUGAGCUUGUCAAAGAGGAACAAGAAGUCAUGGACCAGCUCUACCGCGGCUGGCUCCAUUACUGGAAUCACGAAUCUCGAGCCGACUUCGCCAACGGCAUGAACGGAGCCCGACGAUUCUACGACUUUGACGACAUGCUCAGCUACGACAUGUUUGGAAACACGAUCCGAGGCGGGUUCAAGGGGCAUUUUGACGGCAUUUUCCCAUACUGGAACGAUGGGUACAUGGAGUACAAAGACAUCGAGAUCACGGCUUUAUCGAAGGAGUAUGCUUUCUCGACGAUGAUUCAACACACAUGGGGCACUGCUGGUGGUGUUCCGUUCGAUACGGCCUUUCGACGCACGGGGAUUGCCAGGAAGAACGAGAAGGGAGAGUGGAAAUGGAUUCAUGAACAUCUCAGCUUCCCGACGGACAUGAAGACUCAGAAGGCUGACUUUACGGCUUCGCUUGAUCCACUGAAGGCGAUGAAGCUUGCAUAA